AUGCUUGACCAGGUUCCAUGCGUCUCGCAGGCGCUCAACUUCACCACGUGUGCCGUGGCCAACCUGACUUCGGCAUGUUUGUGUCAGGACGGCCCUUACAUCAGCACCCUGCGCAGCUGUAUACGCGGUGCCUGUGAUUUGGAGCAGUCAUAUAUUGCUAAGAACGCGACAUGGACGAGGUGCGGAUUCGCAUAUCACAACCAGACGGGUACCGUGGCCGGCAGGUUCACCCUAGUAAUCGGCACAGCCUUCUUCGUUGCCGUGCGAUUGCUCUCCAAGGCUUUGAGAUUAUCGUCUUGGGGAGCGGAUGAUGUAUCAUUGAUCAUUGGAUAUUUCUUCUCGUUAUCAUUCGCCAUCUCCAAGUUUCAUGGUCACGAGCUCGGCAUCGGUCGAGAUGUAUGGACGCUAACAUACGAUGAAAUUACUCGCUUCAUGCAGGUCUUCUUCGCCUUCGAGGUGAUCUACACCCUUAGCAUCUCUGCCCUCAAGGCCUCAAUACUCUUCUUCUAUAUUCGCGUCUUCAGCAUGGUCAGCAGUACCUUCACCAUCGUACUGUGGUCUACGCAGGCCUUCAAUCUUGCCUUUUGCAUUGCUUUCACCAUCGCCAACCUGGCCCAGUGCCACCCUUUCAGCAACGCCUGGGAGGCAUGGGACGGCAACCACCCGGGUUACUGUAUCAAUGUAUACGCCAUGUUCAUCUCGCACGCCGCUAUUAAUAUUACCUUCGACGUAUGGUUGCUGGUGCUACCGGUCACACAGGUCCUCUGGCUUAAUUUGAGGAAAAGGCAGAAGGCAGAGAUUAUGUUCAUGUUUGGGCUUGGAGUGUUGUAA